CUUUAAAGUUUAAUCUACAUUAAUACCUCUAAUAUUUUUUAAAAUAUAGACAAUCAACAAAAUUUGAUUUGUAGGCUUUGUUGAUUUCAGGUGAUUCUCACAGUUCAGAGCUUACAUAAUUGAAUAUUUAACAAUUCUUCAGAGACGAUUCCAGAAUUUAAAAGCUUGAGACACAAGAUGGAAAAAGGAGAAUAGGGUUCUUGAACAAGUCAGGCCAGAAGCCUUUGUUCGUACACUGGUUUAGAUUCCCCGCAAAUCUUUAUUAAGAAAAACAGGGGAACACUGGACCACCCUUGCAGACCUGGGACUCGAACUCAUGGCUCCAAACUUCCAGGACGUAGCUCCAUUCUUGCCUCUUUCCUCAGCUUGCCUCAUCUCCAUCAGAACUCCAAGUCCCGGCACGCCCCGGACCUCUAUGGGUGCGCCCCCAUUAUUACUCUAAGACCGUGACCUUCUGUGAAAUGUAGUUUCCUUGCCAACGAUGACAACGUAAUCCGCCGGGAAGUGGACUACAACUCCCAUGGGACCUUGCGCGCCCCACCCCCGUGGGCGUCAUGUAAGAAAGCGCCGCGGCCGCCAUGUUGGUCUCUACCCUCGCCGUGGCCGGCGCUGGCACUGGGAGCGCGGGGUUGGCGUAGCCGACAUCAUGAUGCUGGGGUCCCUGGUGUGGAGAAGGACAGCGUCGGCACCGGGGGUCCUCCUGCGGCUCCUCCGGACCCGGCAGCCCAGGGUCCGCGGGGCCUCCUCGAGCCAGAGCGGGACCGCCGCGAGCUGCAGGGAGGCGCAGUAUCUGAGAGCGGCCGCCGGGUGGCGGUCCUUGGCGCAGCCGCAGUAUGUCGGAGAGGUCUCCUGGAGGAGCUGGAACGGGCAGCAGCAGGGCAUCGAGGCGGCCACGUGGGGGCGCCUUUCCGGCCCCGAAGAAAAUCCCUGGUCGGGCCGCUGGAGUGGAGCCCCGAACGCGGCCAAACUGGGCAUGUGGGCCUUGGCGUCUGCUCUGGUUGCUCAUUGCUACAGCAAGAGCCCCGCUAAUAAGGAAGCUGCCCUGCUAGAAGCAGCCAGGACCAACAAUGUCCAAGAAGUCAGCAGGCUCCUGUCUGAAGGUGCCAAUGUGAACGCCAGGCACAAGCUGGGCUGGACAGCCCUCAUGGUGGCCGCGAUCAGCAGAAACUACAGUGUCGUGCAAGUCCUGCUGGCUGCAGGGGCUGAUCCCAACCUAGGAGAUGAAUUCAGCAGUGUCUACAAGACUGCAAAGGAGCAGGGUGUCCACUCCCUGGAAGUCCUGGUGACCCGAGAAGACGACUUCAACAAUCGACUGAACAAUCGGGCUAGCUUCAGGGGCUGUACAGCCUUGCAUUAUGCCGCCCUUGCUGAUGAUUACCGUACUGUAAAAGAGCUGGUGGACGGAGGAGCCAGCCCCCUGCAGAGUAAUGAAAUGGGUCACACACCUGUGGACUAUGCCCGUGAUGGGGAGGUCAUGAAGCUCCUGAAGGCCUCAGAGACCAAGGAUUGUAUGAGCUCAGAGAAGAAAGCAUUCAGGGUGGAACGGAUUAUUGGCGAAGGCUUCCUGGAGGAGUACCAGGAGAAGCAACGAAAGCGUGAGGCCGAGGAACGUCGCCGCUUCCCUCUAGAGCAGCGGCUAAAAGAACAUAUCAUUGGCCAAGAGAGUGCUAUUGCUACAGUGGGAGCAGCGAUCCGGAGGAAGGAGAAUGGCUGGUAUGAUGAGGAACACCCGCUUGUCUUCCUUUUCUUGGGAUCAUCAGGGAUAGGGAAAACGGAGCUGGCCAAACAGACAGCCAAGUACAUGCACAAGGAUGGCAAGAAGGGCUUCAUUCGGCUGGACAUGUCUGAGUUCCAGGAGAGGCACGAGGUAGCCAAGUUCAUAGGCUCCCCGCCUGGCUACAUCGGCCAUGAGGAAGGGGGCCAGCUGACCAAAAAGCUGAAGCAGUGCCCCAAUGCUGUGGUACUUUUUGAUGAGGUGGACAAAGCCCAUCCUGACGUCCUCACCAUCAUGCUGCAGCUGUUUGAUGAGGGCCGCCUAACAGAUGGGAAAGGGAAGACCAUUGACUGCAAGGACGCCAUCUUCAUCAUGACAUCCAAUGUGGCCAGUGAAGAGAUAGCCCAGCAUGCCUUGCAGCUUCGCCAGGAAGCCCUGGAGAUGAGCCGAAAUAGGAUUGCUGAGAAUCUCGGGGAUGUCCAGCUGAGUGACAAGAUCACCAUCUCAAAAAACUUCAAGGAAAAUGUGAUCCGACCAAUCCUAAAGGCCCAUUUCCGGAGGGAUGAGUUUCUAGGCCGGAUCAAUGAGAUUGUCUAUUUCCUUCCCUUCUGUCAUUCAGAGCUAAUCCAACUGGUCAACAAGGAGCUGACCUUCUGGGCAAAGAGAGCCAAGCAGAGACACGAUAUCACACUGCUUUGGGACCGAGAGGUGGCAGAUGUGUUGGUCGAUGGUUACAACGUUCAUUAUGGCGCCCGUUCCAUCCGACAUGAGGUGGAACGCCGAGUUGUGAAUCAGCUGGCUGCUGCAUACGAGCAGGACCUGCUUCCAGGAGGCUGCACCCUAAGAAUCACCGUGGAAGACUCAGACAAGCAGCUCCUAAAGACACCUGAGCAUGCCUCCCCCCAGUCAGAGAAGCGGCCACCCAAGCUUCGGCUGGAGAUUGUGGACAAGGACAGCAAGAGCCGCAAGCUGGACAUCCGGGCACCCCUGCAUCCCGAGAAAAUCUCCUAUACACUCUAGUGCUGGGGAUGGGCCUGGCCCCAAGCCCUCCCCCAAGCGAGGCCCAGCCUGACUGUACCGCGCCCCCCCAAAAACAAUAAAAUCCGGUCGGAUGUGGCUCCUGAGACCAGUCCACCCCCCUCCCCGCUGAGCCCAGGAGGGCCAGAGCCCAACCCCCAAGACAUAGGGUGGUGGGUGGGAGAAGCUGCUACUACUGGAAAUCUUCCUGUCCUUUCAGUUCUAGGGCAGGGACGGUUUCUUUACACCCUUUCAGGACUCUGGAUUUAUUUAUUUGAUUCUUUAUCUAGUAUAUCCAUAGCCAGGUUCCAGCUUUCACCCCAGAACAGUUAGGACUCCCAGGAGAGGGUUCCAGACAGUCUCUUAUCCCCGCCAUUCUCAUAGAGCCACCAAGGGAGGGCCCUGGCUGAUCUCCCUUCUCCAUCCUCAUCAUUUGGGGCUCUAGAGGACAAGAGAGAUGGCUGAGACCAUUCCCAUUUUUCCUUCCCCAUGCACUACCACCCAACAGACAAAUAUGCAGACAAAUAGAGGUCCCACUCCUGGCUCCGGGGGAGCACAGGCUUCCUGGAGACAAGGUGAGGUGAACCCCACAAUGCCUAAAGGCCCAAUCUUGGGACAGUUAAGUUACCAGGAAACUCAAGAAUGUUGGGGGGAAAUUAAUCUGCAGGAUUAAGUCAGCUAGUCCAGGUAGUAUCUCCCCGCUCUGAGCAGUGCCUUCCACAAAGCUGUCCCUGGGACCAGUGGGCAAGAAAGGGCUCUGUGCCAGUUUCAUGCCCCGGGUGCUGGAAGACCAGGAUUUACACUUCAUCUCCCCCAUCCCUAGGACAGGUCAGGUUCCUCCACUGUGAGAUGGGAUGGAUAGGAAUGACAGAAUGUGAAGGGCAAAGGGAAUCCUGGGAGAUGCUGGCCAUGAGUGGGGAAAGUAAGGGACCACGGGGAGCAUGCGGAGUGUGAUUUGUGUGAGGAGAGAAUCAGUGAGGGACAAGAGGGACUGGGCAGCUCAAGUGGCUGCUGAGAGCAGCCAGGCUCAGUAGGAUUCAGGGUCUGCUCUUGUCCACUUUGAGUCUUCCUUAAAUAAAUGUCUUCCAAAUGCA